AAUGUUAUAGUUUUUAAGGCAGCUUUGACUGUCGAUUGAUGACUUUAGUGCAACUGCGCCGCUGACACUAAGAUGGCGACAACUGACAUGGCGAUGCGUGAUCCUUACGAUGAAGCAGAGAACACUGUACGCAAGAAUAUCCGCAAGCUAAUAUUGCUUCAAUCGCAAGUGCUUGAGGAGUUACGUACUAUGCCUCCAAACACUCCGUUGACAUCAACUAGUAAGGGUAGCGAGCUGUUGAAUGUUUGUAGCGCCAUCGAGCGUGACAUUUCAGAGUUGCAGAAGGUGAUUGAUACUAUUAGUAACAACCGUGAGCGUUACCGCAUCACUAAGAAGAUUAUUGCUCAACGUCAGUCUAAUAUUGACGAAUUUCGCUCUAAGAUAAAGGGCGUCCAUGAUCGCAACCGACAGGCUACUACUCCUGACAACCCCCAACCUGCCAUAUGCAGUUCCUCAUUUGCGCAACACCAGCUAAUGAGUCAGAAGGAUAUGCUUGACCAGCAAGACGCGCACAUAAUUGUUCUCAAUGCAUCUGCUCAAAAUUUACACCAGAAUGCUCGUGCUAUAAAUGUGGAGGUCACUAAUCAGAACGCUUUGAUUUCGGAGGUUGGGGAUGCAUUUGAUGAGACUAAUUUACGCUUGAACGCAUUGACUAAGCGUAUGGCUGUUUUUCUUGACACCAAGAACCCUUCGUUGCUUCGUUUGGUGAUCACCCUUUUUUUGAUUUCUAUAGUUCUUCUGCUGUUUAUCAUUUUAUUAUAAUGUCGUUGACUGU